AUGGUGCUCUGCCGUGUCCGACUGAACUGUCUGGACCACUAUCAAGCAUAUCCUGGACCGCUCGACCCUCCACUAUGGGGUGAUCCUUCAUUGCUGUCGCAGAGGAACCUCCCUCAAGUUCCUGUAGUCAGAGUUUUCGGCGCAACCGAGACUGGUCAGAAAGUGUGCCUACACAUUCACGGCGCAUUUCCGUACCUCUACAUCGAAUACACCGGCCCACUCGACCGCACCUCUGUCGACGAGUACAUCGCAGCCCUUCGGCUAUCCAUCGAUCAUGCCCUCGCGGUAUCAUAUAGAAGAAACAUGGCAGAUGCCAAAGCCGUCUUUGUCGCCCAUAUUAGCCUCGUCAAGGGUGUUCCAUACUUCGGCUACCAUGUCGGCUUCAAAUACUUCCUGAAGGUCUAUCUUCUCAAUCCUUCCAACAUGACCCGUCUCUCCGAUCUGCUUCACCAAGGUGCUAUCUUGAAGCAAGUCUUCCAGCCCUACGAGAGUCAUCUGCAGUUUCUUGCCCAGUGGAUGUGCGACUUCAACCUGUACGGCUGCAACUAUAUUGACACGAAUAACCCAUUCUUCCGCGAUCCAGUUCCAGAUGUGGCAGAUCUUGUCAAUCCCUACCACGAAUGGCACGACAGAUCCAUUCCAGACUCGCAACGUCUCAAUGUGGACCAAUUUCAACGCCAGAGCCAUUGUAGUGUUGAGAUCGACAUCCGUGUACAAGACAUCUUGAACAGACACGAAGUCAAGGAUAGGUCGCUACAUCACGACUUUGUCGAACGUCUGAACCAUUUGGCACCCGAGGAAAAGUUUGUGCAGUCUAUGGCUGGUCUGUGGAGGGAUGAAACAAUCAGACGGAAGAAACGCAUGGGCAUCACAGAUCCUGGCAGCAGCCCAUUUCCACCAGAAGUUCUCGUCUCCAUGUCGCAUGAUCCACGUAAUACUGAAAACGGCGGCUGGAUACACGAGGAAGAGUUUCGCAAGAUGGUAGAAGAGCUUGCCAAGGACGAGCGACACAGGAUGGGCGGAAGCGCUCCGUCAUUCGACACUUUCGUCAAGCCUCGUGAAGAAGAGUUCCCGGUACAGACUACCCUCGAAAGCAUUGAAGAGCUCUUCCACGAAAAGUGGCAAUUCGCGUCAGUUGAUACGCCCAAAAACCUGACGCAAAGACUCGCUGACGAAGGACUUGACNUCGGGGAUGCUCUUGUGAACGAGUCUAGCAUCCUGCAGCUCGCAUCGGACGACCAGUCGUAUGAGUCUGAUGAGGAACUUGCUCGCGAAAUUGCCUUGACCCAAGCCCAGAAACCCAAUCUUAAUGCUGCACCAGACGCUGGAGGUGAUGAUGAGACUCGUCCUGAUGGCGAUGACUAUGCUCAGCAAUAUCUUGAUCCCNCCGACUCUAUUUCUACAGCUUCCCUACCUCGAACCUCCCAGCCGACAAACAACGGAGAAUUGCCUGUCCCUGCACAAAUAGCACUGGCUGUCGAAGCUCAACAUGGCAAGAAGCGUCAGUUGAUUGAUGGAGAAGCAUCUGUCAAACGUCGAAAAGUGGUCGGCUUUGCGGAGAGUCCUCAAGCACCACCACCUGAUGAGGCUGGACAAUCUAGACGCAAGAACUUCAAAGUCAAGGAUUGUGUGACUACUUCUCAGACCAUGGCGGACGUUGCGGCUGAUCAGGGAAGUGAUUUGCUUCAUGAUCUUCCUCCUGCGUCUACACAACUACCGAACAGUCAAGAACAUAACAGGAGGAGAAUUUCACAGUCUUAUCCGGCUGUGAAGAAUCCUCAUGAUCCUGAUACUAUGCUGCGUCUCAGUCAGAGAGACGAUAUGCCUGGGCAAAGAAAUCCGACUACGCCUGCUAAGUCAAGCCAGCUCCAGCGUCAUGACUUUUCUUCCUCGUCUUGGACUAGAUCAAAGUACACAGCCAAUGCUACUCCAUCGAAACAGACUAUCAUCUCUCCAGCCGCGAGGAAGCUAGCAAACAACUAUUGCAAGGGGUUUGGGGAUGGCGCUAAUGGCGUUGUCGUUCUUGGUCAGACACCGCCGAAACGCGCAGAAGUCUCGGGUACAAUGAUUGAGCACGGGAUGCCACCAGUAAUCUACCAAGAUGCGUACUACAGCGAUGAACAAGACGUGCCUGAGCGUUUGAGAGAGUAUGCUGGUCAAGAGUUCAAGCUUGAGAGCAAUACUGUCCCCUUCCUGCCUGACUUUGAUCCUACUGGUAAUUCAGAUGCUUCGAGAGGAGCCAAGGUUCCAAUAGUCCUUGACAAAGCGAAAGAAGAUUUGGAACAUCAAGCUCGACGAAAAGACUGUUUCCUACAACGCUGGGAGAUUGAAGCUCGUCCCCCAUCUUUCUUAGAAGUACAGUACUGGCUUCGGGCGAAGUGUCCGACUGUCGAGGAUGUUCCUGGAGACGACGGCGAAGUUGAUCAUCCUCUGUCUCAGCAAGACUUCCUCCAGCGAACGAAACCCAUGUUGUCGCAGAUAGAAGGUCCAACUCAGAGGAACAAACAUGGCUUCAAGUUCUCUCAGAAGAAGAAGUCGACAAGUGUGCGUCAUGAAGUACAAUACAUGUCUAUUAUGAGUCUUGAGGUGCAUGUCAACUCUCGAGGUGAUCUAGCUCCUGACCCUGAGCAUGAUGAGAUCUCGUACAUCAUCUGGUCGUUGAAGGCCGACGACACUGAUCUUGUUGGUAACGCUGGACAUGAUGAUAAAUAUGUGGGAGUCAUCGUGCUGUCUACUGAAGGAGAUUUGACUGAACGUAUGCGAAAGUCAGUCGGUGUCGAUGUCGAGGAAGAGGACAACGAGCUCGAUGUUCUGAAUCGGCUGGUUGAUAUUGUUCGUGAAUAUGAUCCGGACAUUCUCACUGGUUACGAAGUACACAACUCUUCGUGGGGCUACCUGAUCGAACGUGCUCGCCUCCAGUACGAGUUCAAUCUAUGCGAAGAGCUAUCUCGUGUCAAGUCUCAAUCUCAUGGUCGCUUUGGUAAAGAUGCCGACAAGUGGGGCUUUGAGCAUACAUCGACAAUCCGUAUUACUGGCAGACACAUGAUCAACAUUUGGCGCGCUAUGCGAGGUGAACUCAACCUGUUACAAUACACCAUGGAGAAUGUCGUGUUUCAUCUUCUCCACAAACGUAUUCCUCACUACUCGUUUGCAGAUCUGACAACAUGGUACAAGAGUGCAAAGCCUCGAGAUCUAGCCAAAGCAUUGGAUUACUUCAUCACCCGUGUCCAACUUGAUUUGGAGAUUCUGGACGCCAAUGAACUUGUGCCUCGCACGUCUGAACAAGCUCGGUUACUCGGUGUUGACUUUUUCAGUGUCUUUAGUCGGGGCUCUCAGUUCAAAGUUGAGUCGCUCAUGUUCCGUAUCGCCAAGCCAGAGUCUUUCGUCCUGGUCUCGCCUAGUCGCAAACAAGUUGGUCAACAGAAUGCUCUUGAAUGUUUGCCGCUGGUCAUGGAGCCACAAAGUGCUUUCUACAAUAGCCCGCUGCUUGUACUCGACUUCCAAAGUCUGUAUCCGAGUGUUAUGAUUGCAUACAACUAUUGCUACUCCACAUGUCUUGGUCGGAUCACACCGUGGCGAGGUCAAAACAAGAUGGGCUUUACGGACUUCAAGCGUGAUCCUGGCUUGCUUGAUCUCGUCAAAGACAAGCUGAACAUUUCUCCAAACGGCAUGAUGUACGUUAAGCCAGAGAUGCGUAAAUCGCUACUCGCUAAGAUGCUAGGCGAGAUUCUGGAAACGAGAGUCAUGGUCAAGUCAGGCAUGAAAGUAGACAAAGACGACAAGACACUGCAACAACUGCUCAACAAUAGACAACUCGCCCUGAAGUUGAUUGCAAACGUGACUUACGGAUACACCUCUGCCUCUUUUUCUGGCCGCAUGCCGUGUUCCGAAAUCGCAGACUCAAUCGUCCAAACCGGCAGAGAAACUCUCGAGAAAGCCAUCGCACUCAUCCACGCAACCUCAAAAUGGGGUGCUGAAGUCGUCUACGGAGACACAGAUUCCUUAUUCGUGUACCUCAAAGGCCGCAGCAAAGACGAAGCCUUCGUCAUCGGCGACGAAAUCGCAAAGGCAAUCACAGACAUGAAUCCUCGGCCCAUCAAACUCAAGUUUGAGAAAAUAUACCAUCCCUGCGUGCUUUUGGCCAAGAAACGCUACGUGGGCUUCAAAUAUGAGCAUCCUUCUCAGACCGAACCAGACUUUGACGCCAAAGGCAUAGAGACAGUCCGCAGAGAUGGCACACCCGCCGAGCAGAAGAUCGAGGAAAAAGCACUGAAGCUACUAUUCCGCACUUCUGACCUCUCGCAAGUAAAAGCCUACUUUCAAUCUCAAUGCCACAAGAUCAUGACUGGCAAAUUCAGCAUCCAGGACUUUUGCUUUGCGAGAGAGGUCAAGUUGGGAACGUAUUCAGACAAAGGACCUGCUCCUCCCGGCGCACUCAUAGCCACCAAACGCAUGCUCAAAGACGCGCGUCAGGAACCUCAAUACGGAGAACGUGUUCCCUACGUGGUCAUCGCCGGCGGCCCUGGCGCGAGACUCUUCGAACGCUGUGUCGAGCCCGAACGUCUCCUUUUCGACGAACACGCAGAACUGGAUGCCGAGUACUAUAUCAGUAAAAACUUGAUUCCGCCACUCGAGCGCAUCUUCAACUUAGUGGGUGCAAACGUGCGCGCGUGGUACGAUGAGAUGCCUAAAGUCCAACGAGUGCGCAGUAUCGGUGCUGGAGGUGCUGCCACAAAAGGCAUCUACAAGACUAUGGAGAGCUACAUGCAAGUUUCUACUUGCGUAGUGUGCAGAAUCAAACUCUCGCAGCCGGCACCGGGAACAGUGGCAUUGCCUUUGUGUGCGAAGUGUGCGGCUACACCUUCGCUUACCCUCCUUGAUCUUCGCAACAGGUUACGCGCCGCUCACACGAAGAAAGCGGAUAUGGAUCGUGUGUGUAGGAGUUGUGCUGAUGUGCCCAAUGAUGAUGAAGUCAGAUGCGACAGUAGAGAUUGUCCGGUCUUUUACAGUAGGGUCAAAGCUAGUGCAAAGUGGGGUGUUGAGAAGGAAAGACUAGAGGGUGUUGUUGAGGCUUUGGAGAAGCUGGAGGAGAAGAGAGUGAGAGAGUUGUUCGAAUGGUGA